GAUAAACAGCAAACAACACUACGUAAGUGGUGCCACUCGUGUAAUACAGGAGUUGGAAGGUGUCUGCUCUUUAUAAACUGAAGCUUGGGCUGCCCUCACAAGCUCCCACAGACUAGGACACUUAAACAGCAGGCAUUUGCUGUCUCCCAGUUCUGCACCUAGAAGUCUUGAGACCAACCUGUCAGCAGGGUUGAUUUCUCCUGAGGCCUCUCUCCGUGGCUUGUAGGUGGCUGUCUUCUCUGUGUGUGUGCUCAUCUCCUUUUCUUGGGACACCAGCCAUGUUGGAUUAGGGCCUCCCCUGAAGACCUGUUGUAAGCAAUUAUCUUGUUGAAGACCUUAUCUCUAAGUGUGCUUUCAUUCUGAGGUACUAGGGGUCAGGACUUAAGUUUAUUAAUUUGGGGGGAAAGGGACACACAAUCCAGCCUGUGGCUGAAGGCUUAAUGGAGGACUUGGACUUGAGCUGGGCUUUGAAAGAUGAUGAAUGUUCACCUGAUUGGAGUUCUGGGGAGACGGUUCGACAAUAGGACGUUGCACAUCAGGUAAUGGAGGAAGCAAGGCAUGCGUGUUGUGUCUCAGAGACAGUGUCUAAAGCAGGAAGUUACCAUGAGGGAAUAAUAAAAGCAAAGAUAAUUUAAGAAGUAGUUUGAAGCCAGAUUUAUGGAGCCUUCGAGUCCAUAUUUUUAAAUUUUUGCCUUUUAACCAAGUGGAGAACCACUGGCUUUUUUUUAUUUCGUUAUUUCUUUUCACUAAGGUGUUAAGACUCAGCUAAGAAGUCAUAUCAAGGCAUUUCUUGACCAUCUUCUCCAAACUCCUGGUUACUCCACCCUUUCACAGCACCCUAUUUAUUUCCAUAAUAACACUUAGCACAAUCUGCCGUAUCUUUCUUGUUUGGUUUCUUGUUUAUCACCUGAUUUACCCCACUAGAAAGUGGAAGCCUUGUCUGUUUUGUGCACCCCUGUAUUUCAGGUAUGGUUAACCAUGCUUUGACAUAAUUGGAGUUCAAUAAACACAUUGCAGUAGUAAUAGUAAUAUUUAAUGUAUACAUCCAAUGAAUGAUCAAAAGUUUGUUUUAGGAAGCUCAGUCUAGCAUCAAUAUUAUAAAGGAUGGAUUGGGAGGGUGUGACAGGAAGGAUAAAUAGAGAAAUGUAUUAGAGUCCUUUAAUAACACAACAGGAACUGACACGCUAGCUUGAAUAGAAAAAGGAAUGUAUCAUAAAGACACCAGGUUGCUCUUAAGGUAUAAAGAAAAGCUAAAUAAUUGGGCCAGGGAGAAAAGAAAGCAAGGUAACUGAUAGGAAUGUGUAGCAGGCACUGGCAGGCCACUUCUGAGAGAAGUCUGCUCUACUCACUGGCUGCUUCUGUUCUGUGCAGGCCCAUAUCCCAGGGAGGAGGUUUGUGACUGGCUUGCUUUAGUUGUGUACCUACCCCUGAGCUAGGGGAGAGCAGUGCAUCAGUGUGUAUUCGGUGGGUGAGAGUGGUUCAGCCAAAGCCAGGUGAAGGGACCUCCUUCCACAGGGGAGGGCGUGGUGGCCGGGACAAAACAAGAGGCUGCUCUGCUGGCUAAGGCACAGAUGAAGAACCUGAACUGUGUUCUAGUAGAAUCACUUGGCUGGAUACAGCAGACAGCACACCCUUAACCCCAAAUCAGACCUCUAGAGAGAAAGAAAAUGUGGUGAGAUGGGAUCUAAGAGAGUGACCUUACCAAAGUUUGCACGGUCAGAUGAGCUGUGCUGACUCUGAAAUCUGAGGAGCUUUAGAUAAUUUCUGGAUUUCUGCAUUGUCACCAAGUGAAUGACAACAAUAAGACCUAAACUCAGAGUUGACUUUCUGUCUCCAUCUAAUAGUGAAAUCAAAUGGAAAGGGCAGCCUAAAUCCAGAGGUGAGGGUUCAGGGCUGAGGGGGAGGGGUGGGUGUGUGUGUUUACAUUCCAGGGUCAAAUGUAGAUGCUUUGUUUUUCUAACUAGGUGUUCGCUUUGUGUUACACACGUUCCUUCCUUUUUCCAGUGUCAUGGUUAGGAUGGUUUAAGCAAUCCCCAACAUCCCAAAGGACUGGGUGCCCAGCGUUCAGUUUUAGGUUAAUGUUUUGGAUAUAAAGAGACAUUUUCAUAUGAAACUGGCAGCAGGGUUUUAUGGGCUAGUCUUAAAGCAAAUUUAAUUUAUAAUGUUCCUUUGCUCUAACACCAGCCUCAGUUGUAAUCUCCAAAACUUGCGAGUCUGGUGAGGUUACUUUGUUCCCUUCCUAGCUCCUUUCUGGCCCCUCACUCACCUUCUAGUGACCUUUUACCCGAGCACCUAGCUGUGCUUGCUUCUGUUUAUGUCCCCAGAAUACUUUGUAUUCCAAAAUUGCCUGUCUUCCCUCCAUCCCCUUAAAAAUCUUAACUCCAACUGAUACAAUAUUGGUAUAAAGAGAAAGUUAUUUGCAUUGAAUUUAAUUUAUAUGAAGAUAUGAAUUCCCCACUCCAUUUACCAUUUAGUGCCUGAGGAAUUUAAGGUCCUGGUAUGAAAUAAAUUUCUGAAUUCAGUUGUGAGGGCUUUGUAGCCAUUCUAGGAAAUUGGAACUUCAGGCAAGGCCAGCCUUCAGGAGUCUUUAAGCUUCACCACAAUCAGACACUUGUCGCAGCAAGUGUCUGUAGUGGAAAUGUGAAGAAUGGAACCUUUGGUAUCAUCAGAGCCCAGUGAGUGAUGAGCCUCAGAUCGUCCCUGAUGUCCCCAUUGUUCGCUCACUGGCCCUCCCGCCCCGUUAGCUGCUUCCUGAAGUCAGUAUUCUCAUAGUCUUUCUUAACCAUCAUGUUUUACUUGUACAUGUCUGUCCUACCACGGGAAUGUGUACUGCCGGAGAAGAGGCAGCCGGUCACCUCACUCAUCUGCACCAGCCCCUCUCCUGAUACAUGGUCUGUAGCAGCUGAAGGAACUUCAGGAAAGGAAAGGGGGACGGAAGUAAAGAAACAACAUGAAAUAGCAACAAUUCAGGCAGACUGUGGGAAGACAUUUGUGAGCAAGGAUCAAGUGGUCCCAGAUGUUCUCAUUCAAAGAGUACAGAAGCCUGUGGUUCAAGGGAUUAGAAGCAUGCACUUAGAAUAAAACAGGGCUCAUGAUAACUUGAGGAAAGCAAAAGAAGGAAACUACUCUGAACAAUGAAAAUAAGCCCAAGCGAUGGAGGGAUUACUGCAUUACAUCAACCCAGCGCAUGCCAUUUCUCUCCUAAGUGCCCUCAAUGAGGAGCGCCUCAAAGGACAGCUGUGUGAUGUGCUUCUGAUUGUUGGAGACCAGAAAUUUCGAGCUCAUAAAAAUGUCUUGGCUGCCAGCAGUGAAUACUUCCAGAGUUUAUUCACAAAUAAGGAAAAUGAGUCACAAACUGUAUUUCAGCUUGAUUUCUGCGAACCAGAUGCUUUUGAUAAUGUUUUGAAUUACAUUUAUUCUUCAUCUUUGUUUGUUGAGAAAAACAGCCUUGCUGCUGUGCAGGAACUAGGCUACAGUCUUGGGAUUUCCUUCCUAACUAACAUCGUUUCUAAAACACCUCAAGCCCCCUUUCCAAUGUGUCCCAACAGAAAAAAAGUAUUCAUAGAAGAUGAAGAAAACAGUUCUCAAAAGAGAAGCGUCAUUGUUUGUCAGAGCAGAAAUGAAGCACAGGGGAGAACUGUCACUGCAAACCCGCCUGACCUGAGCCAUAGUUCCCGGCCCUCACCUGGCGUGGCAGUCAAGACCAGCACCAGUAAGCCUCAUGUUCCAGCACCAGUUGAGCCACUUCACAGUUUGUCAUUAACAGAAAAGAAUUGGCCCAAAGAUGGUCCUGUGGGCUAUGCAAAGGCCCUUGAGCAUUCUGGAUCUUUGGAAGACUCUGACAGAAGCACCCUGGUGAAGAGGAACACAGUGCUGCCUUCCAAGCCCCCACAGGAUUUAGAGGCUGUGGGUGGGAGGGCGGGGCUCAGCGGCCAGCUUCCCAAGGGAAAAGUCGUGGAGCUGGCCUUGAAAAGACCACGGCCACCCGUUUUAUCUCUUCGAAGCUCAUCAGAGACUCCCUAUGUACUGAAAGAAACUAACAAAGGAAGUGGUCCAGGCGAGGACAGAAACUUGUUGUACUACUCCAGGUUGGGGCUGGUGAUCCCAUCCAGCGGAGCCGGCUCUGGAAGCCAGAGUGUGGACAGAAGUGGCCCUCUUGUUAAGAGCCUCCUCCGACGAUCAUUGUCAAUGGACAGCCAGGUUCCUGUCUACUCGCCUUCAAUAGAUGUGAAGCCUAACCAGGGGUCGUCCUCAGUGUCAAGCAAUGCACCAGGGAAUGUGUUCUGUACUUUAUCUCAAAAGUCAUCUUCAAAAGACUGUGGUGAAAGGUUAGCCCUGGAUGACCGGCCCCCGGCCCUGCAGCCGCACCGCCUCAGAUCCUUCAGUGCUUCUCAGUCCACGGAGAGGGAGGGUACCACCCCAGUGACCAAGGUUCAGAUCAAGAUGGAGCCCCGCAGCCCACUGUCGGAGCCGUUGGACAUCAUCCGAGUCACUGUGGGAGACACGGCAGGGGCCUCGUCUGUCACGAGAGACCUUUCUCUGAAAACAGAAGACGACCAAAAAGACAUGAGCAGACUCCCAGCAAAAAGGAGGUUCCAGGCUGACCGAAGACUGCCACUGAAGAAGCUAAAGGCGGAUGAGCAUGGGUCUCCGGGGUCAGAAGAUAAUUUUGAGGAAGGUUCAAGCCCUACUCCCCUCGAUGCAGAUUUUCCAGAUUCUGACUUGAAUAAAGAUGAAUUUGGUGAGUUGGAGGGAACAAGACCAAACAAAAAAUUUAAAUGCAAACAUUGCCUUAAGAUCUUUAGAUCAACAGCAGGCCUUCACCGGCACAUUAACAUGUACCAUAACCCAGAAAAGCCCUAUGCUUGUGACAUCUGUCACAAGCGGUUUCACACAAACUUCAAAGUGUGGACACACUGUCAGACCCAGCACGGCAUAGUGAAGAACCCGUCACCAGCCUCUAGCUCACAUGCCGUUUUGGAUGAAAAAUUCCAAAGAAAGCUGAUUGACAUAGUGAGAGAGAGAGAGAUUAAGAAGGCCCUGAUCAUUAAGUUAAGGCGCAGCAAGCCCGGUUUUCAGGGACAGAGCAGUUCCCAAGCACAAGCCAUCAAGAGGAACUUGAGAUCGCGAGCCAAGGGAGCAUACAUUUGUACUUACUGUGGAAGAGCCUAUCGCUUUCUCUCUCAGUUCAAACAGCACGUAAAAAUGCACCCAGGAGAGAAACCCAUUGGAGCGAAUAGAGUUGCUAAGCCUAAAGAGCAUGUGCCUCUUGCGAGUCCGGUAGCAAACAAGGAGGUUUUCCAGUGCCGCCUCUGUAAUGCUAAGCUCUCUUCUCUUCUAGAGCAAGGAAACCACGAGCGACUAUGCAGGAACGCAACCGUUUGCCCUUACUGCAGCCUUAGGUUUUUCUCGCCUGAGCUAAAGCAUGAACAUGAGAGUAAGUGUGAAUAUAAGAAGCUGACCUGUCUCGAGUGCAUGCGCACCUUCAAGUCCUCCUUCAGCAUUUGGCGGCACCAGGUUGAAGUGCAUAAUCAGAACACCAUGGCGCCAUCCGAAAACUUUUCUCUACCCGUUCUGGACCACAAUGGGGAAGUAACUGGUUCCUCUAGGCCCCAGGCACAGCCCGAGCCUAAUAAAGUGAACCAUGUGGUCACCACCAAAGACGACGUGUUCAGUGAUUGUUCAGAGCAGGUGAACUUCGACUCAGAAGAUUCCUCCUGUCUCCCUGAAGACCUUAGCCUUUCAAAGCAACUGAAAAUCCAGGUCAAGGAGGAGCCUGCAGAGGAGCCUGAGGAGGAGGCACCCGAGGCCAGUGCAACCCCCAGAGAAGCAAGUUCUAGCAAGGAUGCUGCCCUGUGGCCCUGUGAGAAAUGUGGCAAGAUGUUCACGGUGCACAAGCAGCUGGAGCGGCACCAGGAGCUCUUAUGUUCCGUGAAACCGUUCAUCUGUCAUGUUUGCAACAAAGCUUUCCGCACCAAUUUCCGGCUCUGGAGUCACUUCCAGUCCCACAUGUCUCAGGCUGCAGAGGACUCUGCUCGGAAGGAAUCAGAAGUGUGCCCUGUUCCCACAAACUCUCCGUCGCCACCACCUCUGCCCCCGCCCCCGCCGCUGCCCAAGAUCCAGCCCCUGGAGCCCGACAGCCCGACUGGUGUGUCUGAAAACCUGGCUCCCGCCGCGGAGAAAUUGUUUGUGCCCCAGGAGUCAGACACCCUUUUCUACCACGCCCCUCCCCUUUCCGCAAUCACAUUUAAGAGACAGUUCAUGUGUAAACUCUGCCAUAGGACAUUUAAGACGGCGUUUAGUCUUUGGAGUCACGAGCAAACCCACAAUUAAAAGACCACCCCUCUCCACCUGUAUUGAAAUGGGAGACGGUCUCCAGAUUUCGACCUAAAUUGUGAAAUGUGUCGUAAGAAACAAUAUUUUUUAACAGUAAUAAAGGGUGAAAAUUGUCAUGCUUGAAUGUAAGCUUGAGAUAACUGAUGUUAAUUAGUAUGUCCUUAUUCAACUUAGAAAAACUAAAAAAUAUUGUGCUUCUCUGGACCUUACAGUCACAGGAUGACUCGACUUCAUUCCCCUUGAAAUUUGGUUGACCUUGGUGGUCUGCAUGGUUCCUCACCCCAUGGUGGCAGUAUGAUCUUUUACUUGAGGUUGUUUUGUUGUUUUUUUUGCUAAUUUUUCAAUUAGCGAAAUGCUAUUAAAGUAUUUCUUCUUUUGAUUGUAUCAGACACCCACGUUCUAGUCAAAUCUUAGCCAUGUUCUUAAAUCCAAAAUGUAUCAGGAAGAAGUGGAGUAGUUUGCAGUAUUGAUUUAGAGUUUAGAAUAUUUUAGCAAUAAAAAAAUGACGAACCUCAACUUUCAACUUUCAUAAGUUAUCCUGACACUUGAGAAAAAUAAAUAUUUGGUAUUUUGUGGUCAUGUAGAACUUUUUUUUGUAUGAAAAUGUGAGAAAUUUAAAUCAGCAAUAGUAAUACUUAGGUUUUUUAUAAAAUAACAAAAACUUGCUCUUGGGUCAUUUAAUGUAAUUAAUAAUGGAAGACUUGGGAAGUGGAAAUACUACAAUUUCUGCAAGACCUCUAAGUCAGUUUACAAAAGCUUCAGUAGUUUUAGGCAUUGUAAUCAAAAUGGUUGCAUUAUGCUCUCUGCGUACAUUACAGUUUUAAAUUCAGACCAGCAUGGAAGGACUGAACGUUUGGUUUCCUCUGACUUAAGCUGUCACCAAUACAGUCUGAGUAUAUUUGAGACAGAAAACAAAGAUAACAUGUGGCAUUAACUUUGAAUUUAACAGCGUUCGUAUCACAGAGAAGGUCAGGACAGAUAUUUACACAGAUCUCAAGCCCCAGAGUCAGUACAGCCACUUUAAAUUCUGAAUUACCAUUGAUUUCUAGAGAUUUUAAGCUGAGGGAGAAACACCACAGUGCAGUCUCCAUGUUCUUUUCAAAAACUAUCUUACAUAUAGUAUGCGUUUCCUGCCUGUGUCUGGUGGUGAGUUCUGUUAGAAUUUGUUGGGGUUACUGCGGUAAAACGUCCGUAGUGACAUCAUUCUGCUUUAAGUCACUGCCUCAUAUUUCAUAAAUGUAUUAAAGUACCAUUAAGAGUCCUGAAUUAGUUCUGCUACUUUUUUUUGGCCCAUAGUGUUUUGGCUGCCUUUUUUUUUUUUUUUUUUUCUAUUUUGAAGAAGUUGUAAUUAAAAGCCUUUCAGUAGGUGUUAUCCAAAUCUCAGUGGGGUGUUUCAAAAGGGAAAAUGUUUAUUUCACUUGUUAAGGGGAGGUUAGGUACAUAAAAACAGAAAUAUUACUGAAACUACAAGAUCCUUUUAAGGUAGGUAAUAAUGGAUUAAUAUUCCAAUCUGUUUUUUUUUUUACAAGCUGUUCUUUUAAAUAGAAACAUCAACUACUGUGACUAAGAAAUAAUUUGUUGAGUGCUUAAAGUUGUGCUCUAGCAGAAAAGAACUGGGAACUCAGCCGUCUUAUCACCCACAUUCCAUACUGACAGUAGGAGAGAUACUCUAUGGAAAAACAAACAUUUUUAUAAAGUACUAAUUGACUUUUUACAUUAUAGAAAUACAUAUGAAAUUUUGCCUUUUAUUCUCUUAUUUAAGAACUAUCAAGAGUCCCAAAAUAUUUGAGUGAUUACCUGCUGUUUUGGUUCUUAAAUUUGAUGAGAAAGGAAAAUAAGUUGCAGUUACCGAUUUUUGCCAUCUUCAUUUUUUCUUGAAGAAAUCUAUGCAUUUUGAAAACAAAACUACAGCAUACGAUUUUAUGUGAAACAGGAUGGAUUAUUGUUCAUUGAAUUUAUUCCUGUGUAAUGAAUUACUCUGAACACCUUGGUGUCUGUCACUUCCUCAAAAUAAGACAGUUCCCCUCAGAGUAAUCAUUUAACAGCGGUUAGAGUAUCUGUAAAAAUUCCAUGAUACACUGUAUCUUGGCAUUGUAAAUUCACUAUCCCUGGGCUUGAACCUUUAUGCUACAUUUCUGAAGGGUUUUUUUUUAUAAUGUUAAUCAGUAAAUAUUUUUGACCUAAAUAUAGUCUCUGCAUAUCUGUUAGAUUUUAAAACUUGCCCAUGUUUUGUCUUGUUAGCUCACAUUUUUGUCUAGGCAAGGAACAUAAGAUUUCAAUAAAAUUUUGAACCAAAAACAUUUAUAAUGCAGUUCUGAUUUUUCUAUUAAUUUUUAUACUGUAUCUUACAAGCAUUAGGCUGAAAGAGUUUAUUUUGAUGGUCAAAAAAAUAAAGUAUGCUUCCACUCAUAACUAUUUUCAGUGUUCAAUGUUAAGUAAAAUAAUGAGAGACAUGCAAAUUGCUUUAUUCAAUAAAUAGUUUUCUUAAGAAUGUUUAUUGAAGCCAGUAGGCAAAUACUUGGUGUAAGACAAAUUGAAACUCUUUAAAUCUUUAAAAUGUUUUUUUCUGAUUGUAAGUAAUUUUUUGAAAAUGUAGAAAGUUAAUUAUCUUUGUAAGUAUUCAGGAUGCCUACUUUUUUUGCAGUUGUGGAAAGAAUGUAAGAUGUUUUAAUAUAUUUGUUAAUCUAAGAGCUUGUUACUGAAUCACUUUCUUUGAGCAAGGGAGACACCGUAAACGCGUUUUUAUCAAGAGUAAGCAAUGGAGGUAACUGCAUUUUUUCUAUAAUAAUAUUUCAAAAUGAAUAGAAUAUUCACCCAUAAAGCUAGUUGUGGUUAGUAUGCAUUUAAUUUUAUCAAGAUAUACAACUAACAGUUGAGCUGUGAUGUUACUUGGAUUUGUGUGGAGAUGUGCGUGGUUCUUGGUUUUCUUUUUGGGGAUGGAUUGUUACAGCCUUCUCUUCCUAAAAACAGGCCCCAGUACCCUGUACUAAAUCGGUGAUGAUCUGACCCACACCCAGCACCCAUUGGUGCUAAUGAGAGUAGAAGCUGAGACAAGAAUAAAAUGUGCCCAUUCGUGGAGGCAGGGAGUGUCCCCAGCCACUUGGACAGUCAGGGUGAGGAAGAGACAAGAAUGAACUGAUCUAAAGGCAGCCUUAGUUGCCUCAAAUUGUGUGUGUGUGUGUGUGUGUGUGAUGAAACCAUGAUCUAGAACGUUAGGAAGUAAUUUGAAUUUUCUUAGUACAAAAAUAAUUAGUUGUCAUGUGUAACAGGUUUCUUCAUAAAUUGCACUAACUGAUACUGGAAUAUUACAAGUUAGUAUCAGCUUCUGGUAUCUCACUGAUGCUUUUUGCAGUAAUUGUGAAAAGCAUUAUUGAUUUAAAUAAUGCUGACAACUUCCUUUAACACUGGCUUUUUUAUUUUAAAAAUAGGGUUUUCUCUUGUGGCUUUAGCACUUUAAGAAGUUUGAUGUUUGCCUAAUUUGUAAUAUGCUUGUUAAGUGUUUUUUGGCAUUUUAUCCAGCACACAGCACUUCCACAUGGCUGGGGAGAAAACCGAAUGGUCAGGGUUUAGAUUCUGGAGGAGAAAAAAUGAGUUAAUGCCGGGUCUUAAAAAUCCUCCCUUCAGUCGUGCAGGAACCAAAGUAUUCUGCAAAUCUUCACAGUAAUUGAGUUCCGUGCUCUUCAGUCAUUUACUAGUGCUGUCCAGAUUUUCCACAGUUAUCCUUGGUUAAUACUAAUUUUCAAAAGGUGACAUUAAUGCAACACUUUUCAAAAUUUUCAUUGAAUACUUACUGUUAAAAGAAAAACAAACGUGGUUUUAUAACUAUUUUGUUGUCAUAUGCCUUAGAGUAAAUCAUUGUUCAAUUUUAUUUAGGAGUAAGCUUGUGGGGGCUGAAAUUUCAUGUAAAAUAGAAUUUCUAUAUAAUGUUAAUCCAUUGCUUAUUUGUAUGCAGGCAUUAUCUGUUCAUUUGGCUUAAAUCUUGACUAAGAAUGAUUGGAGUCAAUAAAUUUGUACUGUAUUUUGUUUUGA